AUGUCACAGACAUGUAGAUUCGGCUCGUCAGUGAAAGUAGAGCAGCUGGAAGAAGAACUGUCUGCUCAGAUUCAGGCUCUGAAAACUGAGAUUGAGGACAAUGAGAUUUUACACCAAAUAUCAUCAAAACCAUACAGCUCUGUCCAUAUUCCAAAAGAUGUGGCUUACUUUCGUAUGGAGAGGCAGCAGGUGCUCCUCAAAGCACUGCAAGUUUCGUCCACAAAGCCUGUUGUGUCUCAAGCAGAAGUUGCUCAGAGAGAGAUGGAGAGCUGUCUGACCCAAGAGUACACACCUGAUAGUCUGGCCAUACUGCUGCAUCAGUUUUACACAGAUCAAACGUAUAAACUGGCACAGUGCAAAUACCAGCUGAUGCUGAGAUGGAGGAGAUUCGGCCACCAUUCCACUGUCCUGGAGAAACUAUAUCCUCAAUAUAAAAAACAGAUCACACAUUUAACCAAUGAAUUUGAGGAUUCUGUGCAUCGGGCACGUCGUCUUGCCGUGUCCAGAGAGAAGGUCCUGGUGGGUGUGGAGAGCCCAGUCGGUGUGGUCACACAGGAAGACGUCAUCAUUUACCUACAGUGGCUCAUUUGCCAUCUGCACUCUGUCAAAAGCAUCCACAACUUUCUGCAUGUUCUUCAUUAUCUCCCUUCUACUCAGUGGAAUGAGGAUCAGAUGUCCAGUGCUGUAGAUUUGACAUCUCCUGCAUAUUUUGAUGGUGUAUUUGUAUCAGUGUCAGAGGUCCCCCCGCACUCGACCAAUAUAGAGGAUUUUCAAACCCAGCUGGACUUCCUCCUGUCACAUUUUGACAUCCAGUAUAAUACCAGAACCAUCAAGACAGCUGGAGAUGAAAUGGAGCUCUUUAGUUUGGUUAACUACCUGUUCAGGACUGUGUUUAAAAAUCAGGAGGAGAUGAAGACCUUCUUGCAGUAUGUCAGCACUGAAGCAACAGAGAGGAAGUGGGGGAGAAAAAGUCCAAACAUGACGCUCAGAAAAGAGUCCAACUGGAUUCCUCAUAUACAGAUGAAACCAAAGCGAGAUCCCUGGCAACAAAAACAAAUGGCCAAACUCAAGGAGCUCAGAUCAAUGGAUGAACUUCUCAAGAUGCACAGCAAGUUCCUGGAGGAGUCCGAUCUUCAUAAAGUGACUGAUGCUUUGAAGCAGUACAUUGCAUCUGUUUGUCAACCAGAACCCACAAAACCUUCAUCCAUCAACACAGCGACCCUCAAAGAAACAUCUGACAUAUGGAGAAGCAUUUAUAACACAGCAAACAUGUUUCAGGUGGCCACUGGACAGAUUUCUCAUUUAUCUAAAUACCCAGAUCAGAAAAACUCUGAGAAAAAGAAUAAAGGCAUUGCUGGUCAAAGCAGUGGUGCUUAUCUUCUUGAGAAGGAUGAAGAUGCUGAAGAUGGUGCCAAGGAUCCUGUAACAGUCAGAGGAGCUUAUGCAUCUUUAAUCUACCUGAGACACCUCAGGAUCAGAGAACUCAAGCGUACCUGUCUGAGCAUGCUAAACUACCUGCGGUCAGUGGAGAGGACUCUGGUGAUGGACACUGCAGGUCUGGAGUUGGUUGGAGGAGAUCUGGUGAGAAGUAUGGAGGAGACGGGCUGGAUGAAUGCUGCUAGAGGAGACGAUGGCUCUACCGGAGCUCUUGGAUCACAUCACUACAUCUACAACAGUCCAGUUGACUAUAAGGUCCACUGUGCAGAGUUUAUGGAAUUUCCUGAGGUGGAGAACCUCCAUGACUAUUACAGCACAGACGGGAGCUGCAUCCACACGCAGGACCAGCGAGGUCUCUACAUCAUCUAUGACGUGGCCCUGAUGGACCUGGAGGAGUUGGAGCAGCAUCUGCUGCUCACAGCAUCUCAUUUCAUACAGAGGAGCAGAGAAUCACAUGCAUCAGAUGGAUCUGGAGGAGAUCUUUAUUCCUUGGCUAGAAUGGAUGUGGAUCGGUUGGCCGUGCUUUUAGAUAUAUGGACAUGUGAAACAGAAUUUCUGGAGCACAAAAUCCAGCUCUUGAAUUGCUAUUUGGAGGCAUAUCAGCAUGUCACAGAUCCAGAUGAAUGGUUCAGGUUGGCUCAGGUCAUCACAGACAUCAUGCACAGAAGGCCACAGAUGGAUUUUACUGCUGGAUAUUUUGUUCAAGCUUACAGGGACACGAUUGUCUGCCUCCAAAGCCACCAACAGCUCAUCAAACUAGUGCUGAACAAUCAGAUUGAUGAGCAGAGACAAUAUCUGGAGAGAAUAUGGAGGGAGGGACAGAAUGGUUGUCCUAGUGAAUACGGCCUGCCACCAAAUUACAUCCCUAAACAUCUGGUAUCAGUCGGUGGAAGCAGGCCUGCUUUGAAGAGUGUGUAUUUUUUAGAGAUUCACCCCUCAUUGUGUUUGGCGUCGCGGCUGUACGAGGGUCUUGAACGGGCCUGUGCUGAACUGUGUGAGCUGCACAGAUCGAAAACACCGGGAACCUUAUAUACACGCAUAUAUGUGCUGCCUUUACUUUUAUUAUAUAAAUCAGUGGCCAGACUGAUGGGCUUUGAUGAAGUUCAUUUGUACCUGCGGCCGGUGCAGUUUGAGUUUGCUGUGCAGAAAGAGAUUCCAAAACAACUUCCUGUGUUCAUCACGGCCCUCCAGGACGACAAACAGAAUGCUGACAGGUUUGUCCCAAACAGCCUGCCUCUCGCUGUUCAGGAGCUUGAUGAGAGUCAUAUUGGCAAAUUUAACUUUCAAUCUAAUGAAGCCGUUUUACAGCUCAUGAAUCAGUCCAGCCUGGAGAACCUGCAGGUGGUUCUGGUGUGUCAAGUGGUGCAGAAGAACGCUCUGAUUGGUGCACUUAAACAAGCGUCCUUAUGCUAUAGGACAGAGAAGCUGGUUCAGGCUUCAGAUACAGACCUGCUGCUGCAGAAUGGAGGAACUACUUCCUCGGAAACCAGGAAACAUGCUUUAGCUACUAGAAACAGGCUUGCAGGUGCUUUUGUGUCCAUUCAGCUGGAGAAAGUGUGUCUUCGAGAUGAAAUGCUGAACACGUUUAUAAAGAAGAAAGAACAGAUGAGUGCACUGAAGUUAAACUCUGAAGAAGUGGGCAGGAUCAAGAGGAAACUGAUUUUGGAGUUCUGUCACAAAUUUAACAAGCGUAUGUCACAGCAUUGUGUCCGAGGGCAGGUUGUUGCUCUUUGCCACAGUCUCUCCUCACUGCUGGAUGAGGUGCCGCAUAUCCGUGACAAUUACUUUGUGAUGGGAAAACCAAAUGAAUCCAGAUCAGACCUGCAGUCAGAUGACAGAUUGUGUCCUGAUCCAAGGACAUAUCAGCCUCGGCCCAGAAGGCUGUUAUCAGCUGAUGGAAAGCGUCUGGUAAACCUGUGGUUCAUCCCUCAUUACACUGAAGUGCUGCUCAUGUUCAGAGCUCUAGAGGAGAAGGAAUGUCACCAGGCUCUUCAAAACACACUGCAGAUUAUUUCAGCUCUUCAUGACGUCGUAUAUUACCUGGUGAGCUUUGCUCGGCUGGGGAAUCCGAACACUUCCUUCAGUCCCAGCAGCACUCAGAGGCUCACAGCAGACUGGGGCGGCUUAGAGAGCAUCGGGGCUGAACUGUGGGACGUCCAGCGACAGAUUGACUCUCUCUGUGAGCCCAGAAGUUCAGAGGCUGUCGCGCGGCUCCUGCAGCUACACAGGGACGUGCUCUUCCUGCGCUUUGAUACCGCAGUGCGCUACAUGAUCAGGGAGGCAUUCCUCUCCUCUGGAAACCUCUCGGCCUAUCAGAGUGUGAGUGAAAACAUGAGCCACGCCCUCCCAAUCAUGAAUGACAGCAUGAUGGGAGGAGCCAAUUUCCUCUCUGUUCCUGAACCGCUAGAACCAGCCUGCCUUCAGGCCCAAAAAUGGUAUCCAUGGAGAUCUUUCAUUGCAAUCCAUGGAUCGCAUCCUUUGAGUAUAUGGGAUGUUUCACCGAUUGAGCAUUACAUGCAGCUCUGCCUCUGUGAUCUGAAUGACCGCUGUAGAAUGGAGGCUAAUGGGGCGAUUCUGGGCGUAUCCCUGAUCAUUGAUGAUGUGCUGAGUAGUGGAAGAGAUGCAGCGCCGCUCCGGCUACAGACCACAGGAGACCCCGACAUCACCACAACAUCUGAUAGAGAAGUUCUUAAUGAUAACAUGGGAAAUGAGGAGAGAAAAACGGAGGUUGCGUCUAAAACUCAAGACCCCAUAGAGUCCCUGAUGAAGCAGCGGGGAUUUUUACUGCUCUGGAAGCAGAUGGAAGCUCUUAAAGAGAGCUGGACUCAACGACAGACGGGUGUUGAGAAAAUAAACACCACUGCACAGUUUAGACACUUGUCUCAGCUUUACAGGGUGGAGAUUUACUUUCCCAGCAUGCAAGCUCUGGCCCAGCAGAUGGAUAAGGAGAAGGAAUAUGAGAUAUUGCUGUCUCAGACUCAGUCUGUCCUUCCACCACCUGGAGCAGCAGAAGCUGACGUCAAAAUGUGGCAGUUACUGAGACUCUUGGAGAUCACGGAGUGUGACAUGAUCCGAGCGCUUCAGAAGAGGAUUAACAGUGAAAUGACUCUAGUGAUGUCGGAGCGCUCACGGCAUGAUGCGCAGCUCCCCGCAGAACUGUGGAAACGGCCUUCGAUGAAGCACAGUGUCUCUCUAGAGAGACCGCAGAUUGUGGAGGAUUUCAUCCAGCGGUUGGUGAAAGGUGUUGAGCGUGAGAUUGAUGCACAGGUGACGUUCUCCAGCGCUCAUCUGCAGGAGUGUUUGACUGAGCUCACUUGUGCUGUCAUGAAUCGUGAGCGGAGUGUCUUCCAGCGAUAUUCCCAGUUUUACGAGCACAUCCUUCAACAGCAGGAACAACUUCUUUACCAGAGAGAGCAGGAUGUUAAAGAGCUAGAAGCCAAAGAAAUGCAGGCUAGUGACCCCUACAGAAAGGUGGCGGAUGUGUGUCGUGGGAUGAUGGUUGACAUCACGGCUCUGCGUGCCAGAGUAAGUCAACUGGAGGAGGAGAAGAGAAGCUUAGAUCAACAUCUCAACCUCAAACACAGAGAGCGCUAUGACACACUGGUUCGCCAGCUCUUCUCCACAUGCGUUCUUCUGAAGUCACGUCUGGACAAAUACCAUGUGAAUAUGGACCAUGAUGUGCGACAGCUGGUGAGCAGCGUGAGGAAGGAAGGCGUGGACAGAAUCAUCAAACUGAAAAAUAAAUUAUCCUCCGCUAAUGAUAACGAGACCCUCAUUCACACACUUCAUGAGAAAGAAGUAUUAGAAGAUCUUCAUGCGGAGAAUAGUAAGCUGGCUGGACUUGUGUGUAAACUGAGAGCCUUUAACCACUGGAGGCUGGUGAUCGCUCAAGAGAAACUACAAAAAGAGCUGCUGCAGUGGAAACUGAAUGAGGUGUCGUGUAAAACUGAAGCUCUUAAAGUGAAGAUGAUCUCGGAGCAGAAGGAGAUUGGUCUAAAACAAGAGCUCGAUGCUGUGCAGGAGGCCAUGCUGCAGUGUAAGAGCAAAUAUGAGCACAUCCAGAGACAGAUCAUUCAGCAGUCUCAGAAGCUGCAGGACAUGGAGCAUCGCUCCACACGAGACACACAGAGCCGACAGGAGCUGGAGGUGCUGCGCAUGCAGAGUCUGGAGCAGCUGCAGGAAGACAUGGAGGACAGACAGAGUCAACUCAGGGCUCUGAGCGCACAGCUCGAGAAAAACAGCAAAGAGACGGAGCUACGGCAACAACGCAGCCACAAGCAAAUCAAACACGUGAGAGGUAAGCUUCAUCAGGAGCGGAGCCUGAAACUAGAAGCGUUCCAGCAGGUGGACACACUACAAAGUCAGAUCCACAGUUUUGAGUCAGCAUUGUGUAAAUCUACAUUUCCUUCAGGACGCCAAAGCUCCUCCUCAAGAAGGCUACAUUUAAGAAAUGCAUCGGCAGGUUUGCUCAGGAACAACUCGGUUAUGUCUUUUACAAACAGUAGCUUUAUAAACACAACUGAUGACCUCAGUACUGAAAUGGGUUGGAGAGAGUCAUGGACACCUCUGGACAGACCCAAAACAAACUCCAAUCGUCUUCGUCUGGACAUUUCAGAGGCGCUGUUACCCAGUCUUCCUGAUGGAAACGCUUCUUCUAACCACCUGACAUACCAGAAUCUUAGAUUGGGUCACAAGUAAAUGACCCUAACCGCACUAAUUAAUACCUUUUGAUUUAUUUCAGACAUUUGAACAUUUUUACUUGUGCCCAAACAACCCUAACCUAAACCUGCACUAACCUGAAUGACCCAGACAGGUCUGAUUAUUUGUGC